AUGUGGGAAAAAUGGGAUGACGAAUAUUUUAUAAAGAUAUUUUUUAACUGGGAUAUAUUUUUGAAAUACUCUGAAGAUAAUGAAUUUCAUGAAUUAGAAGAAAAUAUAAAAAAUGAAAAUAUGGAUUUAAAUAAAGAUGAGCAUGAGAAUAAAACUAGUGAUGACAUAUUGUUAAUAUUGCAAUCAUAUAUUAUAGAAAAAAAAAAUACAUAUAUUGAUGUUUCAGAUUAUUUAGUUAAUAUAAUAUUAAGGUGGAAUUAUUAUACUAGCUUACGAAGUGAAAACAAUUUAAAUAUAUGUUCUGUAAAAAAUAGAUUAAAAAUUGAUAUAAAUAUAAAUACACUACCAUCUGUUUAUAAAAAUUUUGAAGAAUAUUUUUAUUCGUAUUUUCCGUUAUUUUUAAUAGAAACACAACAAUUAAUAAAUAAUAAAAAAGAAAAUGAAAGUUUAAAAGAAUUUAAUAUUAAUAUUAUACAUGAUUUAAAAGAAAUGUAUAAUUACGAAUUUCAUAUUAGUAUACCUUUUGAUGAGUUAGUUUUUUCAAAUAUAUUUUAUGGAGACUUAAUUUUGUUACGAUUUGUUCCGAAAAAAACAGAGAAACAUGAUUUAGUUUUUACAUCUAUACACUCGUCUUUGAAAAAAAAAGAAGAAGACAACCCAACGGAUAGCCAAGUUGAAAAUGAUAUAGAUAACUUGGAAGGAUCUUCAUCAAAUGAAACAGAUGAUGAGGAAAAUGAAAAACCACUAAACAAUGAGUCUUUGGAAAAGUGUAAAUCUGUGGAAGAUAAGGAAAAAAACGGUACAAUCGUUGGUGGAGAAAAAAAAGAAAAUAGUGAUGGUAAUAAUGUAGAAGACAAUACACAAACGAUAAAAAAAGAAGAAAUAAAUGACAAAAAUAAUGGAAAUAUUUAUAUGGUAAGAAAAUAUUGUGUUAGACAUUUACUUGGAUUUGUAGUUGGGAAAAAUAAAGAAAAAAUUAAAAUAAAAUUUAAUUUAAAUUUUCGAAAUUUUGAUAUUAUUGAUAAAGUAAGAAAAAAUAUAAUAUAUGAUAUAUUUAACAAAGAUCAAUUAAAUAAGUAUUCUCUUCGAAUUUCAAAAGUUACAAACUUAAUCUCAACACUUAGGCAAUUUAACUAUUUAUUUAAUUUUAGAAAUUCAUCAAUAAUUAGCGAAAUUAUAGAAACUCAAGAAGGAGAAAAAAGGGGAGCCAAAAAAGGAACUCACAUAGGGACAGAUGAAAAGGAGGAAACGGAAGAAAAUUCGAGCCAUAUCUUAUCAUCAAACAAUUUUAUUACAAUAAAAAAACGGAAAUGUGAGGAUACAGGAAAAAUUGUGAAAAUAAAAAAAACUGAAUUAUCUCCCAUCGAAAUUAAUGAAAAAAGAAAUAAUAAUUUAAUCGAAGAAAAUAAAGAAUUAGAUCAAGAACUAGUUGAAGAAAUUGAACUAAAAGAAAAAAUUAGACAACAUUUAAGUAGAGAAAAAAUAUUACAAGAUAAUUAUGACAAAAUUAAGGAGAAGGAAAAAAUAGAAGAAAAUAAAAUUGAGAAAUUUGAAAAGUUUGAAAAUUUCAAAAUGGAUGAAUUAGAGAAUGUAAGUGAACAAUUUGAAGGAUUUAGCUACAUACCAAAUUUACUAAAAAAUAAAUUUUUUAAUAUAUAUAAUAAUUGUCAAUUAUGUGCUAUAAAUAAUAGUAUUUUAAAUAAUGGGGUAACAUUAAUUCAAGGGCCACCAGGUACUGGAAAAACAACAACGAUUUUAGGAAUAAUUAGUGCUUUAAUUUUUUAUCAAAAAGUUGAAGAAAAUAAAAUAGAAAAUAUUGAUUUAAUAAGAAAAACAAAUAUGGAUUUAAAACAAAUCAAUGAAAAUGAUAAAGACAGAGAUGAAGAGUUAGGAUGGAUUGUAACUCCAGAAAAAAGAGAAACACAAAAAAGUCCUUAUGGAUGGAUAAAUUAUGAUAAAAAAAAUGAUUAUUGUUACUUUAAUGAAAAUUGUUUUGAUGCUUUAGAAUAUGAUGAUUUUUUUGAUAACUAUCCUGAAAAUGGGCAAAUGAAUAAAGCAAGUACAUUUUAUUUUAAUAAAAAUAAUAAAAAAGAAUAUAAAAAUGCAUAUGCUAUACAUCUAAGUAUUAUGAAUGCAUCAAGUCAGGUCUUAAAUUUUGGUAUAAAUGGAGAUGGGAAUGGAAAUGAUAAUACAAAUGAAGAAGAUAAACAUAAAAAUAAUGAAAACAGAAUUAAAAAUUUAAUAAGUUUAGCAGAAUCAUUUUAUAAUUCAUAUGUAAAUAAUAAAGAUUAUACAGGAACACAUUUAAAUAGUAUUGAAAAGGAUAGUAGGCCAAAUGAAAAAUCGAGCUAUCCAUUUUAUGUUAGUGAUAGGAAUAGGAAAAUGUCUAGAUUGUCAGUAGAGGACGAUAAGAAAAAAAUGAAUAUAAAAAAAAAAAAACAAAUAAAAAAUAAAAAAAUUCUUGUAUGCGCACCAUCUAAUGCAGCAAUUGAUGAAAUACUUAGACGAUUAGUUUCAUCAAAUUCAGGAAUUUUAGAUGAAGAUGGAAAUUUAUUUAAUCCUAUAGUUACUAGAAUUGGUGGAAAUGUAAGUUCAGAUUUGUUGGAAUUUAGUUUAGAAUUUAAAGAACAAUUAUUUUUAUAUUUAAGUAAAAAAGAUGAUAAUAAAAUAUAUAAACAAAAUUUAUUAAAAACAUCAACAAUUAUAUGUUCAACAUUAUCAUCAAGUUCAAAUAUUUCACUAACAAAUUAUAUAAAUUAUUUUGAUGCUAUAAUAAUUGAUGAAGCUUCACAAGCUAUCGAACUAGACAUUUUAAUACCUUUGUCUUUUUCAUGUAAAAAAAUAAUAUUAGUAGGAGAUCCAAAACAAUUAUCAGCAACAGUAUUUUCUUUAUUUGCUAAAAAACAUAAUUACUCUAGAUCUUUAUUUGAGCGUUUACAAAAAAUAUAUAAAUUCAAUAAAUGUAAAUAUAAUUUAUUAUCUAUCCAAUAUCGAAUGCACCCAGAUAUUUCUCAUUUUCCUAACAAACAUUAUUACAAUAACAAAAUUAAAGAUGCUAAUUAUUUUUUAUUUGUAUUAUUAAAAGAGUUGGAAAUCAAAAAAUAUACUAAACAACUAUUAGUAGAUGAUGAUGAGAAAAAAAAAAAUAUGAAAUAUAUUUUAACUGAUUUAAAUUUAUCAAAAUUUAUAGAAAACCAAUUUGGAAAUUUACCAACAAAUUUUAAUGAUAUAUUAUUAUGUCAAAAAAAUGAAGAAAAUUUUCAUUGGUUUUUUAUUCCCUUAUUACAACAUUGUGUUUUUUAUGAUAUAUCUUUUUCAAAACAAAAAAAAAUUAAAAAUUCUUAUAUUAAUAUACACGAAAGUGAAAUAGUUUUACAAUUUUUAGAAUUUCUUCAUUAUAUAUUUACUUCAGAAAAUAUUAAAGACUGGUAUAAAAAAAUUGGUAUUAUAACUCCUUAUGCGGCUGAAAAAUAUUUUUUAAAAAAAGCUUUAAAAGUUUUUUUCGAAAAGAAAGGAUACAAAAACAAUGUUUCAAAUUUUAUAGAUAUAGGAACCGUUGAUGGAUUUCAAGGAACAGAAAAGGAUAUCAUCAUAUUUGUGUGUGUCCGUACUAGUGGUCUUUUUAAAAGAAAUGAAAAAAAAAAAAAAAAUAAUCUUACUAUAGAAAAUGAGCUAACUAAUUCAUCUAAUAAUGAUAUGGACCUAAAUGAAACAAAAGUCGAAGACAAUGUAGAAUCCCAAUCAGUAAAUGAGCAAACUGAAUCGGAAGGGGAUGAACAAAUGGAUGAUUCCAAUCCAUUUUUUUCAAAUUAUAAACGUUUGAAUGUUGCUUUAACACGUGCUCGAUAUAAUUUAUUUAUUUUUGGAAAUUGCUCAUUUUUAAACAGAUGUGAUGCAUGGAGUAAAAUCAUAGAGCAUUACAAAAUAAAUAAAAAAAUUAUUAAAAUUAAAAAAAAAAAAUAUUUGAAAAAAAUGAAAAUAUUAUCAGAGGAUAUAAAUGAAGAUCAUAAAUUUGAUAAUAAAAAUGAAAUAAUAAAUAAAAAAAUUGAAAAUUCAUUUUAUAAUAAAAAUAUAAUUGAUUAUAAUUUUAUUCCAAUCAAUGAAAAUGAAAAUGAAACAUUUAAUUUGAAAGAUUUUAUUAACUCUUUUGAUAAAAAUAGUGGUAAACAAAAUGAUAUGGAAAAUACUGCAUAUAAUGAAGGGGAUGUGAAUUCUAAAUCACAUGAUAAAAAUGGAUAUCUAUUAGAAGAUAAUAUAAAAACAGAUAAAGAAUUUGAUGAAAAAGAAAUUAACGAUUUCUUUAAAGAAUUAUAUAAUGAUAAUUUUGAUAAGGAAGAUAAUAUAUCAUUACAAGAAAAAGAUGAAGAGAAUUUUGACAAUGAAAAUGUUGUCAAUGAUAAUAGUUUUAAAGAAAGAAAAGAAUCAUUUACUAAUGAUUUACAAAUGAAUAUAUAUAAUAGUGAAAAAAAAAAUGUACCAACAACAUCAUCUAUAGUCACCACAAAUUUAGAACAAGCGGAUGCUGAUCCUGUUGUAAAUAAUAUAACUGAAAAUAAUUCGAUGAAUAAUAAUAAUUCAAAUGGUGAAGAUAAUAUGACAAAUUUAAAAAAUAAUGAUAAAGAAUUGUUAAACGUAACCCAAGAUCGUAAUAAUAUAUUGCAUAUAAAAAAUAAUAAUUAUUUUAUUGACACACUUAAUAAUUUAUGUAAAAAGAAUACAGGACUCCUUUUUGCAGUGAACUGUAUUUUUCCAAAUUUUUCAAACACUUUUUUACAUUAA